GCUCACUAGCAUAUUCAGCCCUAAAACAGUCACAGUGGUUCGAAGGGUUUAGGGUUUUCUCUCCUCGCCUAUUCUUCCCACCGACCGAACUUGCCUUCUGCCAUCUUUCUCUCGCUCGAGCUGGCGUGGGAAUCGUGGGGAUGUCGAGGCCAGAGGUACAAGCGCCUCCAGAGAUCUUCUACAACGAUGUAGAAGCUCGCAAAUACACUUCCUCCUCUCGUAUCAUCGAAAUUCAGGCAAAACUUUCGGAGAGAGCUGUGGAGCUUCUUGCUUUGCCCGAUGAUGGUGUCCCCAGAUUACUUCUUGACGUUGGUUGCGGUUCAGGACUUAGUGGAGAGACAUUAUCUGAAAAUGGACACCAAUGGAUUGGUUUAGAUAUAUCAGAGUCAAUGCUUGAUGUUGCAUUGGAGCGUGAAGUUGAAGGUGAUCUUAUACUUGGUGACAUGGGUCAGGGCUUGGGGAUGCGAAAUGGAGUUAUUGAUGGUGCUAUUAGUAUUUCAGCCGUUCAGUGGCUCUGCAAUGCUGACAAGUCCUGCCACGAACCUCGGCUAAGAUUGAAGGCGUUCUUUGGCUCAUUAUACAGAUGUUUAGCAAGGGGAGCGAGGGCAGUAUUGCAAGUAUAUCCGGAAAGUCUUGCACAGCGCGAGUUGAUACUCGGUUUUGCUAUGCGUGCUGGAUUUGCUGGUGGCGUGGUUGUUGACUAUCCCCACAGUACAAAGAAGAGAAAGGAAUACCUUGUGCUCACUUGUGGUCCACCAUCCCUGACGACAGCCACUCCAAAAGCGAAAGGCGAAGAUGAAGAGAGUUGCUCUGAAGAUGAAAGCAGCGGAGAUGAAGAGAAUCAAACAGUUUGCAUCUCGGACAGGCAUAGACCAAGGAAAAAGCAACGAAUAACAAAGAAAGGUAAAGGACGUGAUUGGGUUUUGAAGAAGAAAGAGCAGAUGAGGAAAAAGGGAAACCAUGUGCCUCCAGAUACCAAAUACACAGCGCGCAAGAGGAAGGCUCGGUUUUGAUUCCUGCAGGAGAGUGACAUACGUUCUUCUCUCUUAAUUCCUAAGCUUGCUCAUACCCAUUGGAACAGAUUGUUUCCUCCUGUUAUUUUGUGUAGUUGGUUCUGGCCUAGUUUAAAUGAGUCAUGUUAAAAGGACAUCUGAAAUUGAACCUUAAUGCAAACCUGCAAGGAGCUGAGUCAUUGGCGAAAUGUGGAGAGCAUUUCAGUUUUGAGAUCUUUGUAAUUUCAUUGUGGUUUUGUAAAGACACCGAGUUUGGCAUGGAUUAAUACCACCUCUCAUUCCU